UCUUGGAUUCUAGCUACUGUGAAAUUAGAAUCUGAAACAAACAUGCGUCCAUAAUACCUAGAUUGUCCAGAAUUGAUUCUAAAAAAUACACAUAGAGUACCACAAUCUGAGAAUUGAGGAAAUAGGUGAUUCCCGAGCUUCUUCUGGGCCGAAACGUUUUCUUCACGUCCGCAGCCUCGCUCGAUCGCUGAUUCACGAUUUGCCGUCCCCGCUCGAGAGGCCGCGGCCGCUGGCUCGCGCCCACACGCACCCUGCUCGGCCGGCCGCCGCCUCGAGCCCGGCCGCCGCCCGCUCCUCCCGGCCGCCGACCCGCGCAUCCCGAUCGCCGACCCGCGCCUGCUCGCCGCCGCUGCUCCCGGCUGGCCGGCCGCCGACCCACUUCUCCCGGCCGCGCCCAGCAAGCCCCUUCCUCCGGCCACGCCCAGCAAGCCCCUCCAUCCGGCCACGCACAGCAGGUCCGCUCCAGCAGAUCCCUCCAUCCGGCCAACGCCCAGCAAGCCCCGAUCCACCACGCCCAGUCCAGCUCCAUCCUGCGCGUACUGUGAAGAUGAGCACAAGUCAUAGUGAGAGCGAUGAUUCGGAUGGAGUUAAUUCUGAAAUGGUUGCAGCUGCGGCAAAAAGGAAAAGGAGGGAGUACUACAUGCGAGCUGCACAUGUUGCAGCGAUGUACGGUGAGAAGUUCUUAACAAAAAGAAAUAGGAGAAUUCCUAUCAUGACCGGUCAACAAUGGGUUACUGAAAAUUUGAGUACAAACAAAGAUUGCUAUGCCAUGUUUAGGAUGUACAGACCGUGUUUUGAUAGAUUGCAUCACACUCUUGUGCAAAAUUAUGGUUUGAUGUCAACAAGGAACAUGAGCUCAGAGGAGUGCUUGGGUAUGUUCUUGUGGACAGUUGGUGGUCCUCAAUCCGUUAGCCAAGUGGAGAAUCGAUUCAAGCGGUCAACCGAGGUAAUACACAGGAAAUUCAAUCAUGUGCUAGAGUGCUUGAAUAAGAUGGCUGUAGAUACUAUUAAGCCAAAAGAUCCGGACUUCAGAGACGUGCAUGAAAGACUUCGGGAUUCUAGAUUUUCAACUCACUUUGAUGAUUGCAUUGGUGCAAUUGAUGGGUCUCAUAUCCCUGUGGUUGUUCCAGCUGAAGAGAUAGUGAACCAUGUUGGUCGGCAUGGGUAUCCAACACAGAAUAUCAUGGCAGUGUGCGAUUUUGAUAUGAGAUUCACCUCUGUAGUCGCGGGAUGGCUAGGGUCAGCACAUGACACAAGGAUAUUUAAGGACACUUUGGUGAAGUAUGGAGCUAAGUUUCCACACCCGCCGAAAGGUAGGUACUAUCUUGUUGAUUCGGGUUAUCCAAAUUGUGAGGGGUAUCUAGCACCAUAAAAGUCGACAAAAUACCAUGUGCCAGAAUUUAUCCAUGGUGACCCCCCCCAAUGGUAAAAAAGAAAUCUUUAACCAUGCCCAUUCGUCGCUACGCAAUGUCAUUGAGCGUGCAUUUGGUGUGUUAAAGAUGAAGUGGCGUAUUUUAUUACAUAUGCCAGCUUACGCCUGUGACAAGCAAGCUUUGAUCAUUGUUGCUUGUAUGGCACUUCAUAAUUUUAUCAGGGACAGCCACUUGAGAGAUAAAGAGUUUGAUAGAUGUGACCGUGAUGAGUACUACAUGCCAGGGGAUCUACUACCUCCACCUAUUGGUCGGGUAUCUAACAUUGUGCAUGGUGAUGAUGUUCUCGUGAAAGUAACAAGGGAGAGAAUAGCUGAUGGAUUAUUGGCAGCUACAGAUGAAGUUUAGUUUUACGCACUACUUUCGCGUGAUGGUUGAUGUACGUUUUGGAUGAUGGUUGGUAAUUGAACGUGCAUUUUGGAUGA